AUGACAACAGUUGAGGUUUCUGAUUUUGCGGAUCUGGCCCUCACCAGGUACCUCCAAUUGCAGACUCCAGGACGGUUACUAGUAUCGGUAUCGGGAGUUCCGGGGUCAGGGAAGACGACUUUCACCAAUGCCGUAGUUCAUAAAAUCAAUGAACUCAGCCAGCUCCGGCACGGAGUCGCAGUGGCAUGCGCCAUCCCGAUGGACGGAUAUCAUCUUUCCCGGAAAGAUCUAGCAUCGCUCCCCGACCCUGAUGAGGCGUGUCGGCGACGUGGCGCGCCGUUCACUUUCGAUGUUGGCGGCUUGUACCAGCUCCUCAACAAACUUCGAGAACCUAUAUCUUCUACGCUGUAUGCACCGAGUUUCGACCACGCCAUAAAGGAUCCUAUUCCUAGAAACAUAUACAUUCUCGCCACCCAGCGAAUCGUGAUCGUUGAAGGCAACUAUCUCUGCUUCAACCCUCCUGAUGUCCCAGAAGGAGGCAAGGAAGGUAGCCACCCAUCACCACUGUGGCGUAAGAUCGCUGCUCUGUUUGAUGAAAAGUGGGUCAUAGACACUCCCCUCGAGAUUACGUCUUCUAGGCUCGCAUUGAGGCAUCUCGCUGCCGGAAUCGUUGGAUCUUUAGAGGAAGGGUUCGAGCGUGCCAACGGUAGUGACAAAGAGAAUUCCAAUGAUAUAUUGCGCUGGAUGGGGCCCUACGAUCGAAAAUUAUCGGCAUCCUCUGUUUAG